AUGGCCUUAGCGGUGACAGUUUUAUUUGCUAUUCUCCUUCAUGGCUAUGUCACUUUGGCUUCUGAUCCUGAUCCAGUCCUUGACUUCUGCAUAGCCAAUGCAGAUUCUGCAACCAACAUGCCAUGCAAGAAUUCAUCACAUGCCACGGUAGAGGAUUUCAUAUUUUCUGGGAUUAAAUCUCAUGGAAAAUUCAGCGAAAUGGGGCUAGCAUCGAUUCCUGUCAACGUGAAUAACUUCCCAGGCCUAAACACACUAGGUAUGUCAUUUGUUCGUGCAGAUUUUGAAGCUGGUGGUGUCAAUGUGCCUCAUUUCCACCCAAGAGCAACAGAGGUUGCGUAUGUGCUUGAGGGGAAAAUUUAUUCAGGAUUCGUCGAUACACAGAACAAAGUUUUUGCUAAGGUGCUUGAAAAGGGUGAGGUCAUGGUGUUUCCAGAGGGGCUAGUACACUUCCAAAUGAAUGUUGGAGAUAAACCAGCAACCAUUCUGGGCAGUUUUAAUAGCCAAAAUCCUGGUUUGAUGAAGAUUCCAACUGCGGUUUUUGGAUGUAGAAUCAAAGACGAGCUUUUGGAGAAGGCUUUUGGAUUGAAGGAUAAGGAAAUCUCCAAGGUGAGGAAAAAGUUGCAUUUGUGUUAG